AUGAAGAAAGGAUCUGCUAGGUCAAGUUUGUUCGAGACCUGUGCAGCAAACCAUUGGAAACCCCCUGUAUUUGAAUGUUGCAAAGAGGAAGGCCCAUAUCAUCUGAGAAAGUUCACCUUCAAGGUUACUAUGGAGAUAGAAGGGGCAUCGAGACUCGAGAGUAGAGUGUGUUGUAAUAAUUACUCAAGGAAGUGCUAUGGUGCCCCUCGUCGACAAAAGAAAACAGCAGCAGACCACGCAGCUGAGGGGGCUUUGUGGUACUUAAAGUCUGUAUGUUGUCUUGUGAAGAACAAAUAA